AUGGACCAUGGAGACAGAGGGAUGAGGGUGUCGGACCUUCGCUAUGAGGAAGAGGAUGACCAUCAAUCCGUCUAUAUAGGCGUCCCAGUUUCCCGUGGCUUGCGGCGCAAACGGAGGCGACGGCGCUCCAGUCGAGAGGCUCAGGACAUGGACAGGGACAGACACUACAGCCACAGCAGACAUCAUGGCAAUGACCGCUACAGAGACAUCGACAUAGAGGAAGGACUCAUGGAUUCAGCUGAGCAGAGUCUGCAGGACAUCAACCGGACAAUGUCUCCAGCGGCAGAGCGGCUGCGUUACAUCCUGAACGAAGAGGAUGACGGGCCCACACCGACGCUCUUCACCGAGAUGGACACUCUGCAGCGAGAGGGCGACGAGCUGGAGUGGAAGGAGUCGGCCAGGUGGGUGAAGUUUGAGGAGAAGGUGGAGGAAGGAGGAGAGCGAUGGAGCAAACCCCACGUGUCCACGCUCUCUCUGCACAGUCUCUUUGAGCUCAGGACAUGCCUCCAAACAGGGACGGUCCUCCUGGACUUGGACGGCUACUCAUUGCCUCAGAUUAUUGACGACAUCAUCGAGAGGCAGGUAGAAGAAGGCAUGCUGUCACCUGACCUCAGGGAGAAGAUCAGCUUUGUCCUCUUGAGGAAACACCGACAUCAGACCAAGAAGCCGAUCCACCGCUCUCUGGCCGACAUGGGCAAGUCCAGCUCCUCUGGAAAUCGAAAUGUACCACCCAGAGGUGGAGGGGGUCCGGGUCCGGGUCCAGGUCCGGGCCAGGGGCCCAACUUCAACCGCUCCACAGAAGAUCUUCGAAUGAAACAGCAGGCAGCUAACUACGGACGCCUGCGUCAUGCUCAGAGCAGAAGUAUGAAUGAUAUUGCCGACACUCCAAGCACCGACCAGCUGAGGAACAAGUUCAUGAAGAAAAUUCCCAGAGACGCAGAAGCCUCCAACGUCUUAGUGGGCGAAGUAGAUUUCCUCAACAAGCCCUUUGUGGCCUUCGUCCGUCUGGCUCAGGCCACAACGCUGGGAGGCCUGACAGAGGUGCCGGUUCCCACCAGAUUCCUCUUUAUUCUCCUGGGACCCCAAGGAAAGGCCAAGUCAUAUAAUGAGAUCGGCCGAGCCAUAGCAACCCUGAUGGUGGAUGAUCUUUUCAGUGAUGUUGCCUACAAAGCCAGAGAUCGGGAGGACCUGAUUGCCGGCAUUGAUGAGUUUUUGGAUGAAGUGAUUGUGCUUCCACCUGGAGAAUGGGAUCCCAAAAUCCGCAUUGAGCCACCGAAGAAAGUCCCCUCAGCUGACAAAAGGAAGUCGGUGCUGUCGUUGAACGAGCUGGGUCAGAUGAACGGGACGGCCGGAGGAGGGGGAGGUCUCUCUGAGGACGAGGAGAUGCCAGUACAGCAUGAGCUGGGAGAGGAGCUGGCCUUUACUGGUCGUUUCUGCGGCGGCCUGUACCUGGACAUAAAGCGUAAACUGCCAUGGCUGCCCAGCGAUAUCUACGAGGGUUUCCACAUCCAGUCCAUCUCCGCCGUGCUCUUCAUCUACCUCGGCUGCAUUACCAACGCCAUCACCUUCGGCGGUCUCCUUGGAGACGCAACUGACAACUACCAGGGUGUGAUGGAGAGUUUCCUGGGGACUGCGUUGGCCGGAUCCGUCUUCUGCCUCUUCAGUGGUCAGCCCCUCAUCAUCCUCAGUUCCACUGGACCCAUCCUCAUUUUUGAAAAGCUCCUGUUUGAAUUCAGCAAGAACAACGGCAUAGACUACAUGGAGCUGCGCCUGUGGAUCGGCAUCCACUCCUGCCUGCAGUGCUUCAUCCUGGUGGCGUCAGACGCCAGUUACAUCAUCAAGUACAUGACGCGCUUCACGGAGGAAGGCUUCUCCAGCCUCAUCUCCUUCAUCUUCAUCUCCGACGCCAUCAAGAAGAUGGUGGGCUCUUUCAAGUAUUACCCCAUCAACACCGACUUCAAGCCUGACUACGUCACCACCUACAAGUGCGAGUGCCUGGCCCCCGACCCGAUUCCAAUGCCAGAUAACAGCUCUAGUGUCUCUGGGUUGAAUGUCACAGCUCUGGACUGGAGUCAGCUGGGCAAGAAGGAGUGCAUGAAGUAUGGAGGCUCUCUGGUGGGAAAGUCCUGCAAAUUUGUCCCCGACCUGGCCCUCAUGUCCUUCAUCCUUUUCUUUGGCACCUACUCCAUGACGGUCUCUCUGAAGAAGUUCAAGUUCAGCCGCUACUUCCCCACCAAGCUGAGGAAACUCAUCAGUGACUUUUCCAUCUUCAUGUCCAUCAUGACGUUCGUCGGCCUUGAUAUGUUGGUGGGACUCAAAACUCCCAAACUGAUCGUCCCGACCGAAUUUAAGCCGACGCGGCCGGGUCGUGGCUGGCUGGUGAUGCCUUUUGGGAAGAACCCUUGGUGGAUCUAUGUGGCCAGCUUUGUUCCAGCUCUGCUUGUGACGAUCCUCAUCUUCAUGGACCAGCAGAUCAGCGCCGUCAUCGUUAACCGCAAGGAGAACAAGCUCAAGUUCAUCCCCAUGCCGGUGCUGUACGGUGUCUUCCUCUACAUGGGCGUAGCUUCCCUCAGUGGGAUCCAGUUCUGGGACAGGAUCAAGUUGUUCCUGAUGCCAUCCAAGCACCAGCCAGACUUCAGCUAUCUCCGCCACGUUCCUCUGAGGAGGGUUCAUCUCUUCACUCUCAUCCAGAUUAUAUGCCUGGCUAUUCUCUGGGUCCUUAAAUCCACCUUUUUGGCCAUCAUCUUCCCCGUCAUGAUCCUGGGUCUGAUGGUGGUGCGAAAGAUGCUGGACAUGGUGUUCUCUCAGCAUGACCUGGCCUGGCUGGACGACCUGUUGCCUGAGAAAGAGAAGAAGAAGAAGGAAGACGACAAGAAGAAAAAGAAGGAGAAGGAAAAGAAGAAGCCUAAAGCAGAUGACAGUGAGGAAGAGGAGAAGUACCGAGGCUAUUCCAACCACUCCCCCAGCUCAGAGUCGGACCUGGAUCGCAGCAUCACCCUCCACUUGAAGAUCUCCUGCCCGUCGUCGCCGGCCAUGCCUAUGGGCCGAGGGAUGGCCUGCCCCGUACCCCAGGUCAAGAUCGAGAUGGAGUCGGACUACGACUCGGACACGGACCUCCACCGGGGCCGGGACAUUAGCAGUGAGACCACGUUAUGAUCCCCUGAAAGCCACCGGUGCAGAGCUGGAAGUUGGCAGCAGGAUGGAUACGGACAUCCCUGUUUGAUGGCCUGUUGUCCAGCAAACAGGACACCGAGGAUGAAAACAUUUAUUUAUUUACUUGUAUGAUAUAAAGGAUCCUGCAGAGAGGAAAUAUGUUUGGGAAAUACUGUGACUUUAUGUAAUUAUUAUGCUGCCAUUUUACUGUGGCUAGUUCUGAAUAAAAUGCAUAAUGAUGCCAGACGGAUGCACAGAGAUGAGCAGUAGCUGUAAAUCCUCCUGUAUAUACUGUAGCUCCGUUAGCGUGUAAAUAUCCGGGUUGAUCCGAUCCCAGAGCUUUUUCCCCGUUUUCCCUUCAUAACUUCCAAAUCGGCACAUUUAGCAAGAAAAAAAGAAACAACCAAAAGGCCCUGAUGUGUGUUUGUAGGCCUGCCUCCUGCCUGCAGCUGUAACCAGCAGCUCUUUGUGUUUUUAUAUGGCUGACUUUAAACGGGACACCAGAUGUGCUGUAGACAGAAACCAAACAAUUAAACCUUCUUUAUUCUGGACUCACAGUUUCUUUCCUUCUACAACUGGAAAACAUCACAGACGUAACUGCUUCAUCAUUGGAGAAUAUUCCAACAAA